AGAUAAUGCAAAUUCGGCGCCUGACAUCGGAGUAAGCGCACGUGGUAUUCGAUGUGUAUGAUAUAUUUUUUCUAUAUUUCUUAAAAUUCGGCAAGUGUUACAUAGUGUUCUUAACCAAAAGUUCCGAAAACAACUCGAAUUAAGAUGCUCAAGGUAUUAUCAUCGGUUGUAGCAGUAGUCGCCAUAGGUACCGGACUGGUUAUCACGUACUUACUCCAUAAAGUGCCAGAAAAACCACAUUUUGAUUUGGAGAAAUGGUGGGGUAUUGGCUCAAAACCGAGAGAAGAGGACGUAGCAAUAAGAAACUUCCAUAUCAACUUCAAUGAUACGAUAAUUCAAGACCUAAAGCAAAGGAUAAAAAAUAGACGUCCAUUGACCAAACCCUUGGAAGGCAUUCAGUCUGAAUACGGCACGAACACUGUUUAUUUAGAAACAAUCCUAGAGUACUGGACAGAUAAGUAUGAUUUCAAAGGCAGAGCGACAUUACUCAAUAGAUUCCCUCAUUACAAAACUAGGAUCCAAGGAUUGGACAUUCAUUUCAUAAAAAUGCAACCGCAGACGAAGGAUCUGAAAGUUCUCCCUUUGCUGAUGUUACACGGCUGGCCGAGUUCAUCAAAAGAGUUUGACAAAGUAAUCACAAUGCUAACUACACCCAAAGAAGGCUAUGACUUUGUUUUCGAAGUAGUAGCAGCGGAUCUACCCGGAUUUGGAUUUUCAGAGGGCACCAACAAACCGGGUCUCAAUCCCGUGCAAAUCGGCAUCAUAAUGAGAAAUCUAAUGAGGAGAUUAGGGUACGAGAAAUUUUACAUACAAGCUGGUGAUUGGGGCUCUCAGUGUGCGACUCACAUGGCCACAAUAUUCCCCAAUGAAGUUCUAGGAUUUCACACCAAUAUGCCACUAUCUUCGAGAACUAUCAGUACUGUAAAACUGCUCGUGGGCUCCUUAUUUCCAACAUUAGCCGUGGACCCUAAAUACGCAGACAGGAUAUACCCACUUAAAAAGUUUUUCUCCUACAUUAUGAGAGAAAGUGGAUAUUUCCAUAUUCAAGCUACGAAACCCGAUACCAUAGGUGUUGCGUUGACGGAUUCACCUUCGGGAUUAGCUUCGUAUGUUAUUGAAAAGAUGGCUAUAAGCAGCAACAGAGACCAGCUAAACACUCCUCACGGCGGCAUUGAGAAUCUGAACUUGGACGAUGUUCUCGACACUAUCACCAUUAUAUGGGUUAACAAUUGCAUUGUGACUUCCAGUAGAAUCUACGCAGAAGGAACUACAAAAGACCCUGAAGUUUGGACGGUGCACAAUAUACCAUCGCUUGUGCCAACAGCAGCUAUAAACUUCAAACAUGAAGUUUUGUACCAACCGGAUUGGAUAUUGAGAGACAAGUUUCAAAAUCUGGUCAGAUCGACCGCUUUGGACAUCGGUGGUCAUUUCGCGGGACUACAAACUCCACAAAUGCUAGCUGAUGACGUGUUCGAAUCGGGAGUAGCUUUUUUGAAAUUUCACGGCGUAUACAGCAAUGAGUCUUAGGAAGUAACACGAACGUUUUCGGGGAAAUAUCUCCAUUUACUGUAGGUAUUUAACUGAUUAAUACUCAUAUUUUGUGUGUCCGUGUGUACCUAUGCGUGCAAAUAUUUUAUAGUCAUUUGAUAAUGUCGAUUGAGUGAAAGAAAUAAAUAGUGCGAUAGUCAAUUGUUAUACUAAUUUUAAGAAGUUUACUGAAUAUUUGUUGUAAUUUUAAACAAUUCCACUUUAAACGUGUUCCAUUAAUAUAUUUUAAUGCUCUUAGCAAUACAUAGUUUCACUAAGGCUAAUGUGAUAGAAACAUGACAAAUAAAAUAAUGAUGGUUGUGCUUUUUUCAACAAAAGUGAGAACGUGGCAGUUUAAGAAAAGUUACUUUAUACGAAUGUGCAACUUUUUUAUAUUGAAAAUAAAUUUCUAAAUAAGUCGAGU